AUGGGUUGGGAUGGGAGGUUUGAGUUAGAUAAUUGGAUGGGAGAAGGUGCCCUUGCAUCAUGUUAUCCUACAGACUUUAUGCAAAUCCAGAACACCGAAUGUAUAGGAAGUAUUAGGUGGGACGAUGAGGUUAGGUUGUGGGAAUCAGAAAGUGAAAACUGCAUUGGAGUUGGUAUAGGUCAUAUGGGAGCUGUUGGAGCCGUUGCCUUUUCAAAAAGAAAGCGAGAUUUCUUUGUAUGGAGUAUGGAUGGUCUCUCAGACAAUAUGACACCUCCAAAUGAUAGUUUAGUCUGUAGUGGCUCUCAGGUUUGGGCCUUGGCUGUCGGCAGGAAAAGAGAAAUACUUGCAACUGGUGGUGGUGAUGCCGUUGUUAAUUUAUGGUUUGAUUCCACUGCAGCUGACAAAGAAGAAGCUUUCCAUAAAGAAGAGGAAGAAGGAGUUCUGAAAGGUCAAGAGCUAGAGAAUGCUGUCUCAAAUGCGGACUAUACUCAAGCAAUCCAAAUUGCAUUUGAACUGCGCAGGCCACAUAGGCUUUUUGAGUUAUUUGCAGAACUUUGCAGGAAGAGAGAGGCCGAAGAUCACAUUGACAGAGCACUUAAGGGCUUGGGUGAUGAAGAGCUUCUUUUCGGCAUCUUUCCGCCAACUGAUAGUUUUCAGAUUAAAGGGAUUGGUGAACUUCUUGAAGGCAUUAUCCCAUAUAGUCAGAGGCACUUUGGCAGGAUAGACAGACUUGUUAGAAGUACAUUUUUAUUAGAUUACAUUCUAUCAGGAAUGUCAGUUAUUGAACAAGAAGUUCAACCGACCGAAUCAAGUACAGAGUUACUGCUGCAGUCAAAUAUUGACGUUCCAGACACAGAAAAUGUCAUCGAGGAGAAAGAUCACACUGCUGAAAUUACGGCUUCAAAGAAAAGGAAAUCAAACAAAUCAAGACAUGGUUCCCAUAAGAAAGUUAAGAAUGUAGCUUUCAACAAGGUAGAGUCUAUACAACUACAGGCAUAG